AUGUCCGGCGUUCCCUCAGAGAGCGGAAUGCCGCUCUUGGAGCUUCAUGCUGUCCACCUUUCGCAAGGCCUCGCGCCAAUGAGAGCUGAGGAGCUGCAGGUUCCGGAAGGAGCAGUGGACAUGCUUCUGUCCGAGGCGCUUGCUCGAGCCUCCGCCCAUCCAGCUGCCGACCGACAAGAAGGCGGAGACAGUGUCGAAGCCAUGGGUGUGUUCACUGGACGUUUGGCUUUUUCGUCUCGAGGCCAGAUGAACGAAGAGCCGUUAUUGCAGAUCCCUUUGCUUAUGGCACACAUCAGUGCGAUGUUUUUGGGCGAUUCGUCCUUGCUUGCGCUGGCACCGCUGUCGACGGGCCCAAUUCCCACAGAGGUUUGGGUCAUGCGUGUCUCCGGAAGCGAUGCCGAUCUUCAGAAGGCUGUCGGACUCCUGAGCAAGUCCGGAGUCAUUCGACACGACCUGCCGUCUGCCUACGUGAUAGGACCCCUCCUUUCGAGAGGUGGGUUUGCCUCGGUGUUCCGUGCGCAGCAACAUAACCCGAGCUCUGCCGAGCAAGGGAAAGUUGCGUUUAAGGUUGUCCCAAUGACCGAUGCACCACUUCAGCGGCAGGUGAAGAAAGAGAUUGAGCUUCAGCUGCUCUGCCAUGACCACCAGAACAUCGCCAAGCUCGUCUCUGUGUUCCAGGCCGAUGGGCGCGAUUUUGCCGAUGACACGAGACCAUGCUGGGCCAUGGCGCUGUCCCUCGCAGCUCAGGGGGACUUGUUCGAUUGGGUGCAUUGCGGAGAUUCGAUGUCGGAAGACUUUGCAGCCAGUGUCAUGCAGGGUCUGCUGGCCGCGCUGCGACACAUACACCUUCAGGGCAUCUUUCAUCGAGACGUGAAGGCUGAGAACGUGCUUCUGUCGAAUUCGCGGCCUCAGUUGUGCGACUUCGGUGUCGCCACGCGCCUCAGCGAAGUGCGAAAGCGUCCUGUUCAUUGUGGACCUGCGGGCGGCACGGCGCCCGAGAUUUUACUGAAUAUGGAGCCCACCACCCAGAGCGACAUCUUCAGUGCCGGGUGCGUGCUUUUCUUCAUGAUCAUGAAGCAACGACCUUUCUGCGACCCCGAACUGGCAGUAGCCGUCAACAGCGCGUUGAUGCGCAAAGUCAACCUGGACCAGUUUGUCGAGCUGCAGAGGUCUCCGAGUCUGAAAGAGCUUCUCGGGGCUUUGAUGGAGAGGUCACCUUUGCAGCGGCCGGAUGCAAAUGCUGCGCUGGGCUACCCUUUCUUUCAGAUGCCUCUGGCGCCGCAUCCGCCACCAACGGAUCCCAGUGCUCGCGCACAUCAGCGCAAGCAAGCAUUUGCAAAGAUGCUGACCACAGCUGACAAGCAGGCAGCUUCCCCGGCAACGGGCUCGACCAUUCCGGAGGUGCCCCAGGACGAGAAUCACGUGCAGGAUGUGUCUCUGCACAGCUUCCAAGGGACCCCACCACACCCAGGAAAGGGUGCAAGCUGGAGUUCUUGCUUUUUGAGCUCCACCCUUCGCUGCGAACCUUUGAUAUUUCGCCGGCGGUACGUCGUGUCCAGUGGCAGCACGAAGAGCUUUCUGCAAAUCAAGCCCGUCAGGGAGUUGCUGGACGUCCUGGAUUUGAGCCACACCAUCUGGCAAACUCUCGAGUUGUCUGAGUACGAGCAAGUGCCACUGGAAGUUCCAGAUGACUCGGAGCCUUAUUCGCCGUCUGCUCCAGAAAGAGAGUCUCCAAGCAGGCCUGGUCCUGAAAGGAUGGCGACCGGACAGAUACGCAGCUUCGUGCGGCAGAACUCCGGUGGCAAGAAACUCCGUAUCGACAGCGUAGGCGGAAUGUCUCCUGAGAUGGGCGAACAUGCCAGGGGCCAGAUGAGCUGGUGGACACAUUCCCAGCAUUCGCCGGUGCUGGGAUCAAAGGUGGUGGCGGAGCAACAGGUGAGCCGCGACCUCUUCGGCACAUGCCACUUCACUCAGGAACGGACCGAGGACGGACGACGCCGGCGGCUGGUGAAGAAGGAAGGGCAGGAGGAAGACUUUGACGACACGGCUUCCUGGCAAUCUUGGAGGUCUGGCAUGAUGUCCAGCGCCUCACGGCGGUCUUCGCGCGGCCGGAGCGGUUCCGUCAUGAGUGUGGUCAGCAACGCAAGUGCUGUCGCUAUGCGCGAGCUGCUGGCAGCUAGCGAUGACGAUGCGCACCCGGAGGUUGAUGAAGAUUAUGCGAUUGGACCUCCGGCAGGGCGAACUCUCUCUGGAAGGAGUAAUGGUGGAGCGGGACUGCCGCAGAUGCACAGACUGUCCAUUCCAGGGGCUGGCGAUCAUCCGAAAAGGCCGAUGUUGACGCCGGCUCCACCGGCAUCCGCUCGCGAACCAAGGGAGGAGCAGCAACAACGAGAUCGUGAUUGGGGCACCUGUGUUUUUGGGAAGGACCAAGCUGCUCCUGGCCGUGGACGCAGAUUGGUGAAGCCCAUGCUUCAGCAGCUGUCUCCUCCCAGUGCAGAGGACGAGGAGACCGCCCGCAGCAGUUCGUGGAUGUCAUUCGCGGGGGAGGUUGGACGGUCUCUCAGCCAGGCCAGUAUGGCGAGCGAGGUGAGCAUGGCUGGCAUUGGAAAAACGCCAAGUGCUAUGGGCAUGCAGGAGCUUCUGGCAGAUAACAGCUUCUCCUCACCGGAGCGUCCGGCACGCCAGGGCAGGCGCGGCACGGCACAACUGCUGCAGGAUCUCUAUGCCGCGACUGAGUAUGGGACGUGA